AUGGCUCCUCGACCACCACGUUCCAAGAAGCCCAAGUCGUCUCUCAAGGCCUCACGAGCAAAUGCACGGGGCUAUGCGGCUCGAAAAGCUCUCAAGUCCUCCGACGCCCUAGACGUAUAUGAAUACUCUACUGGCAAAGUGCGAAGAUCAGGCGUUGGGCUCUCUCUCGGCCGAGAAGAGGAAACAGGUUUAGGAAAGGAUUCGGAUGAAGAGGACAAAGGGCUGGACGAGGUCAAGGAGAACCUGAGGCUGAGGAUUGCAAACGCGGAUGAGGACGGCGUUGUUGGGAGUGACGACGAUGAAGAAAUCGAUAGUGAUGCGGCGUUUGAGGACGAGAGCGAUGAAGAAAGAUUCGCAAAUUUCAAGUUUAAUGGCUCAAAAGGGAAGGCUACCAAAGGGAAGGGCAAGGCUACUGAGAAGUCGAUCAAGGUCUCAUUUGUGACAGAUGUCGAUUUAAACGAGGAUGAAGACGAAGACAACGAACCGACCCCAAAACCAAUCGCUCAUGGCUCAGAAGGUUCAGAUGAGGACUCCCAGGAUGAAGAGGAGGAAGAUGUGGAGAGUGGAGACGUCGGAGCUACGGUUGAACUGUCAAAAAUGCUCGAAGAUAAUGCCCAAUCCGAGUCAGGGUCGGAACAAGAAAUGGAAUCAGAUCCUGAGGCGCCAGGCCGACACCAACUGGCCGACUUUAUUUCCACUCUUGACACAUCUUCCAAAAAACGUAAACUCGAAGAAGGCUCGGCGGACAGAGCUGGCAAAAAACGCGUCGUGCUUCAGGACCGAACGGAGGCUGGACCUGAGGGAGAGUUCGGAACUAAGAGUGGAACCCAAAUUUUAACACUUUCCGAUCUUAUUGCACCCACUUCUUCGCUAUCCCAAUCAACAAAGGCUCUCCAAAGCACGACCAAUCCGCACUUACCGCGCCACUUCCCCAACGAAUCCAAGACCGGAUAG